GAAGGAUAUCGAGAAAUCCAUCCCCAUCCUCUUCGUGAAUCCUCCUGCGACUCAUUAACGCCUCACGUUGACACUCGUUGCAGUAUCCAUAUGACCAUUGUUUCCUUAACCAACAACCGAUACGAGGGAAGACAGCCUUUGUUCAACCCUGCAGGAGAUUCUCAGUCCCCAACGUCGGCUCGCCGAUCGAUCGAUCGAUCGGUCGUCCACCGAUCUGUCACGUCUUGCUCCUGCUCGCUCCCCAAGUCCUCCCGAGCUCCAAGUCCCGGUGAAAAAGCCGGUCGUCCCGGUCGUCGGCUAGUGGUCGGUCGCGCGCGGUAAUUAUCGUCGACGCAACUACGGGGAUCACAUCGGUGGUAAGAGUGCGUGCACGGGGGGGUGUGUGAUGCCCCGGUUAUGGUUAAGCGUGAGUGAGAUCAGUCGCAAGUGGCGGAGAAGAAGGAUCGGUAGUACAACGUUGUUCGGAUUGUUACCCCCGUCGUCGUCGUCGUCAUCGUCGCCGCCGCCGCCGCCGCCGCCGCCGUUGUUGUCGUCGUCGUCGUCAUCGUCGACGUUGUCGUCGUUCCGACAGCCGUUCUGGAGACGGCGGGAGCAGUGACCGCCGCGCAGGGUCGACCUCGGCGCAGAGGCACGCGAUUAUGGUGCACCAUCAUCAUCGUCGCCACGGCCUCCAAGCGAGCCACCGCUACUGCAUCGCCGGAAGUCGCGUAGGCACGUGCGGCUCACUCCUCCAGGUACUGCUGCUGAUCCUCAGCCUUUGGCUGCCCGUGCUCGAUAACAGCGGCGGUCUCGCCCUGGCGUGCGGACCCGGCAGAGGCGGCGGCCGACGCUCCAACCAGAGGAAACUCACUCCUCUGGUGUUCAAGCAGCAUGUGCCAAACGUUAGCGAGAACACGCUGCCGGCCAGUGGCCUCAGCGAGGGACGCAUCUCCAGAGGCGACUCCAAGUUCCGGGAUCUGGUACCCAAUUACAACUCGGACAUCAUCUUCAAGGACGAAGAGGGCACCGGCGCCGAUCGUCUCAUGACACAGAGAUGCAAGGAGAAGCUGAACAGCCUCGCGCUCUCGGUAAUGAACCAGUGGCCGGGGGUGAAGCUGAGGGUAACCGAGGGCUGGGACGAAGAGGGUAAGCACGCGCAGGAUUCGCUACACUACGAAGGACGAGCUGUCGACGUGACGACGAGCGAUCGGGACCGCUCAAAGUACGGAAUGCUGGCGAGGCUCGCGGUUGAAGCUGGUUUCGACUGGGUCUACUACGAGUCCAGGUCGCACAUUCACUGCUCCGUUAAAUCCGACUCGUCUUCAGCGGGCAAGUCUGGCGGUUGCUUCCCCGGCAAGAGUCUGGUCAGAACGGAGAACGGCGGUACGAAGAGGCUGGAGGAGGUGCAGCUCGGUGAACGUAUCGCCGCGUUGGACUCCUACGGGAACGUCGUGUACAGCGAGGUGAUCGCCUUCCUAGACCGUUCGCCGUCCGAGAGGAGGCAAUUCAUUCGCCUGACAACCGAGUCCGGCCGAAUGCUCACGCUAACACCAGCCCACUUGGUACCAGUGGAGGGUCGAGCGUCCGUGUUCGCCGCCAAAGUACAACCAGGCGACAGGAUCCUCGUGAGUGGCGCCACGACGAGCACGAUAGACAACCAGGUGGAAGACCAAGUGAAGAACGAUCUGCGAUGGGACAGCGUGGUGGAGGCGAAGCUGGUCCUCGAGGAUGGUGUGUUCGCACCGCUGACGACGGAAGGCACCCUGCUGGUGAACGACGUCGUGGCGUCUUGCUACGCCGUGGUCGACAGCCAGUCAGUGGCGCAUUACGCCUUCCUGCCUCUAAGGAUCUGGCAUAGAAUGGUGUCCCUUUUCGUGCAGAGGCCAACUGAGGCUCCACGAUAUCCCGAAGUAAGGCAACACGCCGAGAUCGAGGUGUCGUCGAACCAAACCACAACCUCGACGACGAUCCCGACGAAGGACGGCGUCCAUUGGUACGCGUCGUUACUCUAUUCACUCUCCAGCUAUGUGCUACCGUCGAAGAUGUUGUAUGACUGAAACCUCGCGAUUGGUGAGGUAAGGCGAGGCAAGAACAGCGAACGAGUGUCGUGACGAAGUGCCGAAUGGAUCCUCAAAGACACAAGCUCGAAUGUUCGCGUGCCGAGAACUUCUUUCUGCCUGACGCCGGAGCGUCGAGACUUUAGUGCUUAAUAACCGCCGGAACAACUUGUGGAAGCUCUCAUCAAUUUCUCUCUGUUAUGUUGCGUCGUGAGUCCAGUGGUUGCGCGCGUGUUGUCGAAAACGAUGGGUAUCUAUAUCGCGGAAGACGUGGAACCGAACACGUGGAAAAGAAACGUCGUCGCAGACGAGAGACAUCAGUUGGCCAGUGACCCAUUCGUGUUCACCGAGUGACGUGUAGUAUAGUAGAUUCGUAAGACGACGGAGAAGCGAUAGAUGGUGACAGCGGAGCUUUUCAGAGAGAAUCAGAACUUUUCUCUCGUCAUGUGUACUGUAGUGUACAAUAUAAACGUCUCUUUCUUCUCGUUUCUUACAAAAGCGCUCGCAAAACUCGCUUCGUCCGAUGCAUCCAUGCCCAAAGUGUCUGAAGAGAUCGCGUUGUGUUCUGAAAAAUACAUUGAGUAAUAUUUUAUAAUAAUGUAAUAUUAAUACCGAUUCUUUAUUAUCAAAAUGUAGUCACUGUCGUCUUUAAAUUACGCAAACUGUGCACGCAACAAAAACAUUUUUCUACUUUAAACAUCCACUGCUCAGAUUACGUAAAAGAAAUUUUUACGAUUAAUUUUCUAAAUUUUAAGAUUAAUCGAACACACGUUACAUUUUUUUGUGAGUCUAUGAGAUUUGCGAACUACUGUAAGUCAGUUUCCCAAAAAUCCUUAAUAUAAAUAAUAUAAAGAGUGUUUACAAGAGAGAAAGAGAGAGAAAGAGAGAAAAAAGGACGAUUCAAGACUUAUAGACAAUUUUAAACUGAGGAAAAAUUACUUAGUGAACAUAUAUCGAAAAAUCAAGUCUUCCAGAGUUAAAAAUGAUUUUUUACUUUAAUGAUAAUUUCACAAAUGGCACACUCUAUACUUCGGUUCUCGUCAUAACCGAUUGCAGCGCAUUUAUGUUAGUAAUGACGUUCUGACAACUUGAAGCAUUGCAACUUCGUUUGACAAAAAGUGUACAAACAAAAUUAUCGAUACAUGAUUUAAGUUGCUUAUAUUUGAUUGGUUUUAUAUAACCUUUCACAAGUUACUAUAUAACCUUUCACAGCGCAUAUAAUAUAAUAAUGGAUGCGAUCCAUUAGACGUUGUAAACGAUUUGAAGCGCUUAAACGAAAAUCAUGAUUGGUCCAUACAGCGCUUUAAAGCAUUUGUAACGUCCAAUGGAUCGCACCCAUUGUCACAUGCACUGUGAAUUACAAAUUUGUUCAGUGAUAUGAGAUAAUCCUUUGUAUAUAAUAAUACAAUAUAAGCGAGCAAGUUAUGUUCAUUAUCAAAAUUGAAAGUCGCUUCCAACGAGAAGAUUAAUUUUUCGACUCAUGUUCAUUAAAUACUUUUUACUCACUUUGGUAAGUAGUAUCUAUUCUAUGAGUCUUGAACGCUUUCUUUCAACGUCCCGUAUAAUCGUAUCGAAAUUUAGCUGUAUGAAGUACAGUGAAGCAGAGAAAGAGUUAUUAAAAAUUGAAAAAUAUGCGGCCAGAACAUUGGAAAUUUCUGCUCAACGAGGUCCACGAAACCUCCUCAUUUAGGAAUCUAAGGAUUAAUAGGCGCAAUUGAUAUUUUGAGGAUACGAAUGCAACGCGAGAUCAAAUUAAUGCUUUUCCUCAUAGUUAUACACUCAUAUCGUGAAUGAAGCUAUUACGUAUUUUCUUGAUGUCGUCCCGAUAAAUUUCAGAUACUCAACGCGCUUUUACGAAACGAAAAUUCUUGUAUAUAGUCCACUUUUUCUCGAUUCUUUACCCUCGUCGUCUGUCGGGUUAAACGACAAGGGAAGUGUACGUAACCCCCGCUGCGUUUUCUUCGUCCAUUAACACACUUUUUGUAUCCAUCGUAUAUGUAUGUAUUUAACGUUACACAUAUAAAACUAUCAAAGUCUAUUCCGUUUAGUUGCUCUUUCUUGCAUACACAAUGAAAUGAGCGCAUGUUCGGGUCUUUGAGUUCUUGAAUAUCGAGAGAGGGAAAGAUGGAAAAAUCGAGAUGCAGGAAGUGCAGCCGAAACGAACCGACCUCACGGAUACUCGGCUGUCAUUAUUGGUCGUGACAGUAACUGUCGGGUAUCUUUUCGCUGUAUAGUAUAAUGUCAAAUCAUCUCGCGUCACUGUCAUUGUGUCACGUUUCUGACAACGGUCGCUUACAAUCUCGGCGCGACACAGAUUGAUUAUUCGAAUUACGUAAGGAGUAUUUCACUGACACCUAAGUUAUCCUCAAAAUAUAUAUUAUUAUAUUAUUAUAAUAUUAUUUUAUAUUAUAGUAAUUAUAUAUUAUUUCAAUUAUUAUUAUUAUAUUAUUUGUAUGUAGGACGCACAAACAAAUUAUAAAUUAUGUAUAUAUUUACCCUUCGCCCGAAGAUUAAAUUACAUGAUUAAAUGUGAAAACAAA